AAAAAAAAAAAAGAAAAAAAAAACGUCAGAAAUUCAAAUGCCGCAAUGACCCAGGGCUCUCGAUUGCAAUGAAGGCCGAGAACCUAUUCUUCAGCUGGUAUGCGUGCUCUUGCUCGCAAAUCCUGUCAUCAUAUUUAACUGGAAUCUACACUUCUCAGCUAAUGCAUUGUCCUCCUAGCAAAGGGAUUAUAACUGACGUUGUGAUUCAAAGCGGAAAUACAGUGCACUAUUGAAAUUUUAUAAGAGUUUAUAUGACCCUCGGAUAAAGUUGGAGUAAUUUUUUCUGCAUAUCGGCGAAAUGCUGCAGCAGCUACCAAAGAGACCUUGUGCCGCGGUGUUGGAGUCAAGCACAGAGCUUGUCUAUUUCUGCACGGGACAAGAACAGACUGACCAACCGCAGAGCAUGUUGGUCCAGUAACUAGCAG